GAAAAGCAGUACUACAACAUUGCAGUAAGAGUAACAUUCCAAGAUUUUGCUGUUAGUUAUUGGUUAUUGGGAACAGCAAAAAUGUCCAUAGCCUUAUCUCAGCAAAGCUUCCUCGCCAACGCCCUCAGUACUCCAUCAACCCACAAAUCCAAGACAAGGAUUCUCUAUUCUGUCAAAGCUAUCUCAUGCAGAUACCCACCUCAUGACCACCAAGAUUCCCCAAGGAAGAUCAGUGACAACCAGUUGGCAAGGCUGGCGAUAGCGACACUGGCAGCUGGGGUGUUGACGCUGGGCUCAGUUCAUGAUGCAUCUGCGGCCAAGACUGGUGGAAGAGUAGGCGGCCAGGCUUUUCGGUCACCGGCUCCUCGGUCAGCCCCUAGAGUCAACAAUAAUUCGAGGACCAACAUUAACAUUAAUCCUCCAGUUGCCCCUCCUUUAGUUGGUGGGUAUGGUUUUGGUUAUGGUGUACCAUUCUAUGGUGGCUGGGGUUGGUCACCAUUUUCAUUCUUUGCACCUGGUCCAAGUGUUGCCAUUGGCGUUGGAGGUGGAUUUGAUGUUCUAGCUCUGUUUCUGUUUCUUGGUGCUGUAGCUGCUGUUGUGAGGAGAUUCAUUGGAUCAAGAGAUGAAGACAGUGAUUACUAGUACUGCAGAUAAUUUUUUUUUUUUUUUUUUUUUUUUUUUGAUGUUUGAAUAGAAUGAUAUGUAUAGAUGUUUCACUUUGAGCAUCUCUGCUCAAAAACCUUCAUAUUGUGUAUAUUUAGCUAAUAUGAGGCAAAAACAAGGUCCAGUAGCUUGUCUUCUCCUUAUCUAAAACACAUAUUUUGCUUUUCGAUUA